GCAAAGUUUCUGGACGUACUUAUAUAUGUUCAUCUAAAAAAGCUCCAAUUGACCGUUUGAUCACAAGCGGGCGCCGCAGAAGGCCAGUUCCCAACUGCGGCACAUCCCACAAACACAGACUACAGUUCUCUGAACCUUUUUAAGGUAAAAAAGAAAAGAGAAAAACUCAGCAAGGGAAAGGAAGAGAGGAACCAACCAAAACCCAGCGAAGCAACGACCUUCACAGAAAACCGGUUGCAACCCUGUCUUCUUCUUCUUCUUCUUUUGUGUCGGAGUGGGGAAAGAGAAAGAGGAAUUGGCCGAAACUAAUGAGUUAUAGGUUUCUUCGCCAUUUAUAUACUUCCCCGGACUUCUGCAAUUUUGUAGCUGUUUCAGUUCACGCUUCUGCCCAACUCUAGCAAACCCUAGUCUCGCCAGGAGUGUUGAACUCAAUUACGGCCAGUGUUAGUGAAUCACAGUUGACUUCGUGAGGGGUAAAGGGACUAUGGAUAAUAACCCACAAGGUGAUGACAAUGUGGGGAUCCCAGAUGAUUUGCGGUGCAAGAGAUCCGAUGGGAAACAGUGGAGAUGCACUGCAUUGUCUAUGCCCGAUAAAACGGUAUGUGAGAAGCACUACAUCCAGGCUAAAAGGAGGGCGGCUAAUUCAGCUCUAAGGGCUAGUCUAAAGAAGGCCAAGAGGAAAUCAGCGGGUGAAAGUGAUCAUGAUGUCUACUUGGAGAGUAAGAGUGAUGAUUUCGAUAUGCCUCUUGCUAGCAUAAAAUCCGAGGACCAUAACGUUUCAGUCUCGUCCAAGAAGAAGCUGUCCAAGAAUCACGGGCGGUACUCUCCUGAAGGGCCGAUGAGGAGUUUGUCUGCUAGAAACGCUCAGAAGGACGACGACGAAAUGGAGAGAGACGUGGAGUACGAAGAGAAUUGGAGAUCGUAUGAUACGCCGCCACCUUCGACAAUGGAUUCUUCCAGAAGUAGGUCACAGAGGAGUUUUGAUGCCACACCCGUGAUGGAUUACUCUGGUGGAACCACAGAUUCCUCUGAAGACAUGGGAGGACAGGCUUGUCAUCAAUGCCUGAGAAAAGAUGGAGGCAGAGUUGUUUGGUGUCUCAAAUGUGACAAGAGAGGCUUUUGUGAUAGUUGCAUCUCUGCAUGGUACCCAGAUAUUUCAAUAGAAGAAAUUGAGAAAGUUUGCCCUGCUUGUCGAGGUAUCUGUAAUUGCAAGGUGUGUUUGCGAGGGGAUAAUAUGGUGAAGGUUAGAAUACGGGAGAUACCGGUCUUAGAUAAAUUGCAAUACCUCUACUGCCUAUUAUCUUCAGUACUUCCAGUAGUUAAACAGAUCCAUGAUGAGCAGUGCUCUGAAGUAGAGCUGGAGAAAAGGCUUCGUGGAACUGAUAAUAUAGAUCUUGCUCGAGUCAAAUUGAACGCAGAUGAACAGAUGUGCUGCAACAUAUGCAGGAUACCGAUUAUUGACUACCAUCGACAUUGUCCUAAUUGCUCGUACGAUCUUUGCCUUCAUUGUUGUCAAGAUCUCCGAAAAGCAUCUGGUAUUAGUGGUGAAGUGGUAGAUAGAAGUCGAGACAUAGGAAGUGCAGUUUACCAAGUCAAAGAAUCGAAACUAAGACUGGACUUAUCAGAGGAGUAUCCUCUCUGGAAGGCCAACAGGGAUGGCAGCAUUCCUUGCCCUCCAAGGGAGUACAGCGGCUGCGAUUAUUCAUCAAUGAGUCUAAGCCGCAUAUUCAAGAUGAAUUGGGUUGCAAAGCUGGUCAAGAAUGUGGAAGAGAUGGUCAACGGGUGUAAAGUCAAUGAUCCGCAAACACUUUGGUCAGAUGAUUCCACACUGUUCAAGUGUUCUUCUGAUGAUAUUAAAGUGCAAGGGGUCAAUAUUUUCAGAAAGCAUUGGGGUAGGGGUAAACCAGUAAUUCUCAAGCGAGUAUUUGACUCGCUGUCGGCGCCAAGCUGGGAUCCAAUGGUUAUAUGGCAAGGCAUCUGUGAAACAUCUGACGGAAGAACGAAAGACGAGAAUAGAAUGGUCAAGGCCAUUGACUGCUUAACCCGGUCCGAGGUUGAUCUCGAACUAAGCCAAUUCAUUAAAGGUUACAAAGAAGGAAGAAUGCGGGAAGAUGGUUCACUUGAGCUGUUGAAGCUGAAGGACUGGCCUUCCCCAACUGCUUCUGAAGAGUUCUUAUUGUACCAGCGGCCUGAGUUUGUCAGUAAACUGCCACUACUCGAGUUCAUUCAUUCGAGAUUGGGUGUCUUGAAUGUGGCUGCCAAGUUGCCACAUUAUUCUUUGCAGAAUGACGUGGGGCCUAAAAUUUAUCUGUCCUAUGGGAGGAUGGAAGAACUCGGUAGAGGCGAUUCAGUAACCAAUAUUCACUUGAAAAUGCGUGAUAUGAUGUUAGUUGCUAGUGGUGAACAUGGGUUGGUUUGGUCGGAUUUGACGAUUUUCAAUAAACUGACCCAUGAGCAACAGAUGUAUCUUCUGGUGCACACGCACGAGGUGAAGCUACAGGGUUCUGCCCCUGAGAGCGAGCCAUCUGAUUCUGAAACAAGCACGGACGAGGGAGUAGUACUACCAGAUUUAUCUCUUGGCCAACCGGAGAUGCAAAAUUUGGGGAUGGCAACUUCUGAUGACAACAAGAUCACUGGAGACCAAGAGGUUGCUGGGAUUUCCACAAACAUCGAUGAUGAUGUUGACGAGAGAAUGGAAGACGUUGAGUUGGAGCAUUCUGACGAUGCCAAGAGUGUGAAGCAUCAGCACUCAAAGAAAGAGAUUGAAGGAGGUAUAUCAAACGAGGCUCUCCCAGGAGCUCAUUGGGAUGUCUUUCGUAGGCAAGAUAUCUCGAAGCUGGUUGAGUAUGUGAGGAACCAUGCCGAGGAGUUUGGGUACAUAGUUGAUGCUGAUUCAGCUGCCCACUUGCUUUACAGCGGCACAGUAUUCCUCAACAGACAUCACAAGCAAAAAUUGAAGGAAGAACUAGGAGUCGAGCCAUGGUCAUUUGAACAGCAUUUAGGAGAAGCUAUGUUUAUCCCAGCUGGAUGCCCUUUCCAAGCCAGGAACCUUCAGUCCACUGUUCAUGUGGCCCUCGAUUUCUUGUCUCCGGAGAGUGUGGAUCAAGCCGCUAGAUUAGCAGACGAAAUUCGCUGCCUUCCAAAUGACCAUGAAGCUAAACUUCAAGUUAUGGAGGUGGGGAAGAUAUCGCUAUAUGCUGCUAGUUCAGCCAUCAAAGAAGUCCAGAAACUGGUGCUUGAUCCAAAAUUCAGUGCAGAGGUUGGCUUCGAGGAUCCAAAUCUGACAGCUGCAAUCUCCGACAACUUGGAGAAACUCACAGGUCCUAAGCAGAUAAGUUGUGCAUGAAAUUUGUAUCAUACAGUAAAUUGUUAAAGUUGGAUGACAGAAUACAUUAAUUAGUACUCUAACCGCCUGCCCUAUGUAGAAAUGUGUACUCAAGUGUAUCUUUGGCUUCUGGCCAUCUCUCUGGCUGUAUUAUGAUGUUCAUAAACAAAUUCAAUUGCUCAUCUCAUUCUUUAGGCCACUCUUUGUACUAUGGAGUUGCAGAUGAAUGAAUCAAAACAGAGGCUGGACGGGAUUAACAAACAUGGUAACAGUGGCUUAUCAGGCCGAAUUGCAUGUUUUAGUCGUCUCAAUAUUUAGUUCAGUGUAAGCAUGUUUUAUACAUCAAAGAUGAACAAUUGUAGAAAUGCCUCUCCUGUCGUUGUUUGAUCAUCAAGAGGUUAGACGGAACGAUUUGGCGAUUUGUCGGAAGUCUUUGCUAACGUUGGUCCAGGCUGAUUCCGGCGCCUGAGCAUUCAAGGUAAACAACCGGCCGCCGCGAGCGCAACAGACUGCUACAUUGUGCCUAUGGAAUGAAGGGCUCUCAACUCUGAACUCCAGAUCGUAGUAGUUCACAUUGCUCAGUCUGUCCUCUCUUAGGCUUGACUGUAUCAGAGUUCCCUUCACCUCUGGGCGUCGUGCCGACCCAGUGAUCGCCCGAACCACGGCGUCGCCGACCUCCUCCGCCCCUCCAAAAGCCUCGAUCCUGAAAUCCGGAGGAACAAGGGAGACAAUGACGCUGACAUUGAGCUCUCCGGUCGAACCGGGCGGGCCAAACGCAAUCACCGGCUCGUUAACACUACUCCUUCUCCUCGCGGACCUCGAAUUUCCAGAGGUGGCGGGUCGAGCGAUCGCUCUAGUUCUGCUUUCGCGGCGGCGCGGUACAGAAGCGUCUGAUCUCCGACCCAAUUCGCCGGGUAUAUGAACUCUGUCGUCCAUCAAUAAACGGGAAAUUAAACUAAACGGAAGAAGGAGAAAACGAAAACAGAGACGGGAAAUGGAGAAAUUCAUCAAAUUCACUCAAUGCUGACCGAAUCCUUCGCUUGCUUCGAUGCAACGGCUGUACCCCCCGAUCGGAUAAACCACAUCCAAUUUGAGAUCCCGGCCGGUCCCCGGCGACAAGCCUAGAAGGAAGCUGGUGAUUCCGCCGAAAUUCGCCCCGACGGCGACUAGAGCAGCUGACCCUGUUCCAAGGAGCAACCGGCGGCCAAAUUGGGAUGCCAGCGGUGCGAAUUGCUCGGCAGGCGGUUUUGCUGAGUUCUGAUAACUAUCUUUCCGAUCGCCGGAGGCCUGUGUCGGGAAAACCCUGCGGAUAGGCGCAGUUGUGCAUGCCAUUGAGCCAGAAAGGUUAUCUAAUUUUGGUGGCUGUCAAUUUUCUGCGGCUGAUUUGGAAUGGUUGCCGCUAGGCCUGGGCCUGGGCCGGGAUGGAGA